AUGACAGAACUAGUGAACCGGGUUAAACCUAAUAUAGUGCUAACGCGACACGAUGUAGCUGUAUGCAGUACUCUGCAGCCCUUGGUGCAACACUUGCAAGAGAGAGAGAGAGAGAGAGAGAGAGAGGAGAGUGCUGUCAGGGGUUCAAAAGAAGAAGGAAAUGAAGCCCUGCGACAUGAAGCAGAGAAAGAAGAAGAGGCUGUUGAAGAAGGUGGUGGAUUAUCUCAGAUUAGAUUCUUACAUGUAUGCUCCCAUAAUCGCUGCUCCUUCUGCAGGCACGCCCCUUGUUCAAUGACUGCCGGAAGUUUUCAAAACUGGCAGACCCUCGGUUACAAGUUCAAUGCCCAAUGCAAUAUUUAUACUUCAUUUCCAAGUAUUUGUUUGUUAGUUUUCCAGACUAUGUUUUUGUUCGGAAGGUUAUCCAACUGAAGAGCUAGAGCCGAGACUCACUAUGGAGUUUUCAGCUGAGGGCUUGUGGUUUCUUGAAGAUCUUAGGCAUAGGGCCGAGUACUCGUGCGAGAGUUGUGUUGUGGGAUAGCAACAUUGAUACCAUACCAGGAUUCUUUUUUAAUAUACUUAAAAUAUUACCCCUUUUGUACUCUAGAUAUUUAAAUUGUAUUUCUUGUGUAUAUAUCAUGCCUACGGGCCCAAAUGUAAAGUUAUCAUGUAAUAUAAUUUGGGUAUCAAGAGUAUUAGGAUAUUUACAGGU